GGACCGGAGCGGCCGUCAGCUUCUUUCCUCUGGAACUGGAGCAGGUGUAAAGAGCUUAUUAAGGCAGAGCUGGAAGUCUUCAGUGGCGCUCCUGUCCAACGCCCUGAUCUGUAGAUGAGAGAUGGGCCUGAAGUCAUCCUUGCCCAUAAUGCUGCACCUGACCUGAUAGCAGAAGUGGGAAGAGAAGCCAGAUCUUUUCAAUCCCAGGCCCCACUGCUCUCCUUAUGUUGUCAUUUUGCAGAGUAAUGGGGUUCCCAGAUUAACCACUUGCCCUGGGAUUCUUUUGUCCACGCCCUGCUCAGGACCUAGAUACAAAGUCAUGAAGAACUGGGGUGUUAUAGGUGGAAUUGCUGCUGCUCUUGCAGCAGGGAUAUAUGUUAUUUGGGGCCCCAUCACAGAAAGAAAGAAGCGGAGAAAAGGGCUUGUGCCUGGCCUCGUCAACUUAGGGAACACCUGCUUCAUGAACUCUCUCCUGCAAGGCUUGUCUGCCUGCCCAGCUUUCAUCAAGUGGCUGGAAGAGUUUACCACACAGUACAGCAAGGAUCAGAAGGAGCCUCCGCCACACCAGUAUUUAUCCUUAACACUGCUGCACCUCCUGAAAGCUUUGUCCUGCCAAGAAGUUACUGAUGAUGAGGUCUUGGAUGCAAGCUGCUUAUUGGAUGUUCUAAGAAUGUACAGAUGGCAGAUCUCUUCAUUUGAAGAACAGGAUGCUCAUGAAUUAUUCCACGUCAUCACCUCCUCACUGGAAGAUGAGCGGGACCGGCAGCCCCGGGUUACACAUUUGUUUGAUGUGCAUUUCCUGGAGCAGCAGUCUGAAGUCAUCCCCCAAGAAAUAACCUGCCGCACAAGAGGUUCACCUCAUCCCACGUCCAAUCACUGGAAGUCUCAGCAUCCUUUCCAUGGAAGACUUACUAGUAAUAUGGUCUGCAAACACUGUGAACACCAGAGUCCAGUUCGAUUUGAUACCUUUGAUAGCCUGUCACUCAGUAUCCCGGCUGCCACGUGGGGUCAUCCACUGACCCUGGACCACUGCCUUCACCACUUCAUCUCAUCAGAGUCAGUGCGGGAUGUUGUUUGUGACAACUGUACAAAGAUUGAAGCCAGAGGGACAUUGAAUGGGGAGAAGGUGGAACACCAGAGGACCACUUUUGUUAAACAGUUAAAACUAGGGAAGCUCCCUCAGUGCUUAUGCAUCCAUCUGCAGCGGCUGAGCUGGUCCAGCCACGGCACGCCGCUGAAGCGGCACGAACACGUGCAGUUUAAUGAAUUCCUGAUGAUGGACAUCUACAAGUAUCACCUCCUCGGGCACAAGCCCGGGCAACACAGCCCUAAGCUAAACGAGAACACGGGCCCUGCGCUGGGACUGCAGGAGCGGCCCGCAGCCCCCAAGUCAGUUCUGAAUCAGCCGGGGGCGCCCAAAACACCAAUUUUUAUGAAUGGUUCCUGCUCCCCAUCUUUAUUGCCUACCCUGCCAACCCCGAUGCCCUUCCGCCUUCCUGUUGUUCCAGACCACAGCUCCUCCAUGUACCUCUUUCGGUUGAUGGCAGUUGUCGUCCACCACGGAGACAUGCACUCUGGACACUUUGUGACUUACCGACGGUCCCCACCUUCAGCAAAGAACCCUCUCUCGACCAGCAACCAGUGGCUGUGGGUUUCCGAUGACACUGUCCGCAAGGCUAGCCUGCAGGAGGUGCUGUCCUCCAGCGCAUACCUGCUGUUCUACGAGCGAGUUCUCUCCAAGAUGCAGCACCAGAGUCGGGAGUACAAGUCUGAAGAAUGACUGCUGUGGCCCCAAAGCUAGAGAUGAUGGCACUGUCAAAACUGGCCGGAAAAAGGCAAACUCAGAUCUCAUGUGUGUGUGUGCAAGCAGCCCCACUAGAAUCCUGCAGCCUUCUGGUGUGUUCUAAGAGCAGACCCCACAUAGGAGCCCAAGGCCCCAACGCAAACCAAAUCAGGCUCCCUGAGCAGCUCUGCUAGCAUGCUUUGGAGAGUAUCAGCGUCCUCUUAGAAAAGCAUUUACUAUGUCUGGAGUGUCUUUUUAAUCACCUGAUACAGGAAAUUAAAUCAGUCUCCAGAAGCCACUUUUUUUUACAUUCUAAUGUUAGGUGUUCUUAGAGGGGAGUUAGCCAUCUAAUCCUGAUGUUUCAGCAUAGAUGUUUUAUUUUGAAUAAGCAGAUCCAUAAAAAGAAUGAAAUUAUUAAAGGCAACAAUUUAGAAGAAAAA